AUGGCAGAGGCUGGCCUGACGCGCGCCACCUUUGCGAAGCUUUCGCCGCAUCCAUACCUGCUCGCCAACCUCGAGCCCUCCAGCCAAGACAUUCCGCCCGCACGAAGCAAUGGCCGCGCUCCGGACGAGGCUCGCACACCUGAAGUCAAUCUCUCGUCGCUUUCGCACGCUCACGGCAGCUCGCUUGUGCGCAUUGGCGACACAACCGCCAUCUGCGGCGUCCGCGCCGAGACCAUCCUGACGACCAAUAUCCCCAACUAUCGCGCCUCCAACACCGAGUCGGAGCUGCGCGACUACGACCUGCUCGUCCCCAACAUUGAGCUGGCGAUUGGCUCCUUUCCCCAAAAUCUUCCGGGCGGCCCGCCCUCGACGCUCGCCCAGACGCUCAGCACAAGAGUCUACUCGGCACUGCACAGCUCCAAGCUUCUCAACGCGGCCGACUUUCGCAUAUGGCACACACAAACGGCGGACACUACGACGGCUGACGAUGACGAGAUGCGUGAUGCGGAUGCAGAAGACGCGGAUGAGUUCAGCGAUGAGCGCCAGGUUAUUGCCUACUGGGUGCUCUACAUUGACAUCUUCUUCAUCUCGCUGGAUGGAAACCAGUUGGACGCUGCCUGGGCUGCCACGCUGGCGGCCCUUCGCGAUACCAAGCUGCCGCAGGCUCGGUACGAUCCGGAUAGAGAACUAGUCAUCUGCUCGAGAAAGUCUCCCAAGCCGCUGUCCGUCAAUGGCUUCCCCAUUGCCUGCACAGCUGUCGUUUUCACCGGCAAGGAAACCGAUCGCCCGACCGAGGGCAAGUACUGGGUGCUAGUCGACCCAGAUACAUUGGAAGAGUCACUCUGUGACGAGACGCUUACGGUGCUGGCUGAUUGCACUGGAGGAGCUACAAGGAUACUGUCCAUUUCAAAACACGGCGGCACUGUGCUGACGCCGGAGCAUCUGCGGUCGAAACAGCUACUUGGCCUUGUUGAGAAGCGGUGGAAGGGCUUCGCCGAUGCCAUGUCAAUUUAG